AUCAUUUUUUCCUGUCUAAUUCUUACAGAGUAAAAUUGCUAGCACUUUUUUUUUGGUAAAAUGUGAUACGGAUGUGUUAGGAGCGCGUUUUUAAUUUAUCAUCGAUCAAAAAAAAUUUCCGCAGAAUGAAAUAUUUUGCUCAGAAUUUUAUUCGUUUCUUCAAAGUCAGCAAAUUUCAACUUUCAAAAAUUUUGACGUAUAGGUACUUGCGGAAAAAUUUACUAUUUUCCAAAAAUGUAAUCGCUUAUAAAUCCUGCAAUUUUAUUUCAGAGGUGGGCUUUUUUGUUGGAGAACUUUUUUAGAUUACACUAAAAAGUAAAAACUUGGUUGAAAAUUGUAAGUACCUAUACCCGCCUUUGCAAUCUCCAAAAUAGGCACGCUUUGGGUGAUCGGGUAUUGGGUACCCUCUCUACACUACAUUGGCAAAGUAUCGUUCGGAUCGGCGAUGAAUAUUUCUGACGAUCGAAUCCUAUACAAAAUCUGCUCGAAUCAUCUUGCUGAUAUUUUUUAAAUAAGUCACUUUGAUCUGUUAAGAUCGUGGAGUGUAAAGCGAGACAUAAUUUGAAAGUUGACCAUUUUUACGAAUUUUUGGAAGCUAAAAGCUAGCCAAGCUAUGUAAUUAAAAAACAGUUUAUUUUUUCGGCAGUAAAAGUUCAUAAAAUAUGGUAUCUUCUCGCUAGAGCUGCUCAGGCUCGUGAGCUAUAGUUUCAGGUUAUUAUUGAAAAAUGAAAUUGAUCACAGUCUUGUCUUGGUGUAAUUUUUUAAUUUUUCAAUUUUUUGGCACUUCUGACUAAAUCCAUGAAACUGUGUAGUGUAAUAACAGCAUGGAAUCGUUCAUAAUGAAUAAUAUUUGGUUGUCCAAUAGUGUUGUAAGAAUCUAAUGGAAUAAUUGGAUUUCAACAUUCAAAUCACCCAGUGUUGGGAUAUUGCAGAAACGGAGUUUCCCGUUCUGGAACUCGUAAUUUCCCAUUUUUUCCCACUUUUCAAUUUCCUCUUUUUCCCACGUUUUUUGAAAAAAUGUUUAUAAAUCCUCUUAAAAUGAAACGAUGAAACGAAACUUUUCAAAUAUUAAAAAAAAAUUAUUAAACAAACAAGACUAAAAUCUAAAGUCAAAAGUUUCUUCCAUCCCUGGGAAAAUAUGGUCAAGACAAGGACAAGAACACAACACACGGAUUACAGACCAUUAGCUAGAGGACAACGAACAAAGAAUCAAAAAAAUGAAAAUGUAAGGAAAACAUGAAAUUAAAAUUUUUUCUGAAUGGAUUUUCAUAUUUCCCAAAUUUUCCCCGUAUUUUGCAUUUUUGACCGAAUUUUCCAUUUUCCUCCUUUUCUCACGCUUCCAUUUUUCACCUAGAAAUCUCCCACCAUAUCGGGAAUUUCCCACGAUAUUCCAGUACUGAAAUCAUCCAGUUAUUUUACAGCACUGUUGACUCCAUUUUACUCAUUGAGCGCUAGUGGUUAUAAGGAAGUAAUCAACAGGUUCUUCUAUUCCUUUGGAGUUUGGACUUUCAGAUGUGGUUCUUUGUUCUUAUUGUGGCCUUAGAACUGGUUUUAAUGCAGCAUCCUAAACUUACUAAAGUAAACAGUACCUUGUUAGUUUACAAUUCAGUUUAUCGUUGAAGUUUGUUGCUGAAUUGCUGGUUAAUUUUUGACGCGUUUAAUUUUUUUCUGUCAGCUGAUUCAGUUUCGAAAUGGAAAAAAACUGGCUAUUUCCAUCUUUACAAGAGAUGUCGUCAUUCAAAUUGGCCCAAGGAUUGUUUCUCCAAUCCGUGAAACCUGCAAACAGGGACGCUCCAGAUACAAUUUAUUAUUCGGCUUUAUCGCGGGAGAGUAUUUGCGAAGAGGCGUGCGACUUCGUUGAGCAAAAAGUGCACAUUCCACAGAGUUUCAUCGCACCUAUCAAACAACAAAUUAGAUUAGUCUGGAAGGAAACGAAUACCUGGAUUUUACAUUUCGAGCAAUGUAUUUGCGAUUCGCAUUACCAAAGAGAUUUCACACAUAUCCUACCUAGUGUCGUAUGGCACUCGGAUGGUUUUAUCGAUUAUCAACAAACAGCCGCAAAAUUAUUGACUAAUCCGAAUCUAAGCCUUCGUCAAAAAUACGUUCUGAUGUGUAAAUACUGUUUGGAAGCAGAGCUUCAACAUUUUUGGGAUAAUCACGAUACCGAAUUCCGAUCCACGACCGAAUUUGGCGAUUCUCGUCUAGGAUCUUACUGGGAUUCGAUUAAAGAACAUUACCUGACGAAUAUUCCUAGAGAUAAUUUUGAAAAACAUCAUCCGCACUUGGCUGCGACAAAAUUACGCGAGCUUUGCAAACACGAAUUUGUCGCUGUAGGAUAUUUUUGGAGUAAGCUCGCCUUGAACGAACAGUUACAUAGCGUUCAAUACUGCACGUGCCCCAAAGUAUUAACAUCUUGGUUACGAAAUUUGAGUAAAACUGAUCUACGUCAAGUAUUGAUGAAAAAUUUCCACGAAAUAUUGGAAAUUUGCACGAAUUAUCGAUCGUACACGAAAUACAUUUAUCGGUUGUGGAUUAUUAUCAAAGAUUGUAUUACCGAAGAUGAUUUUGCAACAUUAUUGGAGUUCCUCAGACGUAAAGUCAACAAGGAAAUAGAAGACGUACGUUUGACCACAAGUUUGCUGAUGGAUAUAUGGGACGAUUCAUCUGAUGAAAUGAAAUCACACGCUUUUCAGUACGAAUCAGGUCGUUGUAUUUAUGAUAUUUGUAUGGUACUGGAACGCGAUAUGAAUACUUUUGAAGAGCGUGAUGAUAGACUGGUGCAUAGGAUUCUAUCCGAUGCCAUCGACGAAUUUCUCGAAGAAUUUAAGCGAAAUGAAUGCGUGAAGUAUUUGAUUAAAUUUUAAUCAAAAUGACAGUGUAAUUUUUACUCUUGUACAAAUAUGUGAUUAUGAAAGAAAUUUCUACUCAUUUUUCUCAUCAUUUCCAUUGACUGGAACUGCAUUGUAUUGCACUGUUUCGUUUAUUUUUAAUGUAUUGAUUAUACAUUUUAAUUUGUGAUUAUUUUAAUUUUAUUUAUUUAUUUUUUUGUUGAGCUUUUAUCUGCUGGUUUUAAAAUUGAGUUUUAAAUUUUGAACUAUGUGAAUUCAUUGCUGAUUGAUCAGUAUUCAUGAUUGUAUGCACUUUUUUUGCUGUUUUGUUUUCAUGUGUGGAUUGAGAAAUGUAGUGAUCGCUUAAUUUGUGUUUUAUGUGAAUGUAUUUAUUGUAUGAUUGUUUAAAAUUCAUUUUAAUCUAUGUUGAUCGUAGUUCUGUAUGCUGGAUUAGCUAUGAAAACAAAUCAAUUUGUUAUUUUUAGACGCAUAUACUUGCAUUUUAAUUUAAUUUUUAGUGUUAUGCUAAUACCUUUUUGUAUAUUUCAAGACCUAUAAUUUAGGUGAAAAUAUACGAUCUUUCAUUUCAA